AUGGAAAUUGAAGAAACACAUGAAGACUUACAAUUGGUACCAUCGUCUACAACUAAUCUAUCUUCAGGAUCCACAUCUCAAACAUCGUAUCUAAGAAAACGCCCAACACAUAAGCCCACAAGCGCUGAAGAAGAAAUCCUAAAACAACUUGAAGAAUAUAAAGAUUCUACUGUAUUACCCGCGGAAGUCCUUAAUGAGCUGGUUCAAAGUUUAUCGAAACAUACUGAUUAUUGGACUCGAAAGCGAAUUUGGGAUCGAUG